AUGGUUCCUCCAGUAAUUUUCAAGUAUCGGCGAAGGAGAGAUAGGAGAUUUCGAAGAGACGAUGAUAGUUCGGCGAUGGAGACUCGUCGGGUCUCUCCUUACCUUGUAAACGAAAAACCCAACUCCGAUUUCAUCGAGGUAAGGGAUGAGAAUCGCUCGUUUGGUUUAUUUAAGGAGGAUAAUGAUAAAAUUCGAGAUUUGGGUUGUGUUGAUGAGAGUAGUGAAACUAGACAUGGUUGUAGUAAUUUGCUUCUUCAAUGUGAUGAUGAUGGUUGCAUCGAGAAUGGAAAAAGCAACAGUUUUGUUAAAUGUAGAAGAAACUUGGAUGAUUUGUUUUCUGGGUUCGUUUAUAAAGGUGCGAAGAAGAGUAAAAGUGAUGACUUUGGAAGUAAAACAACAAGUAGCGUUUCUGAAUCACACAUUGAAAGACAAGAAAUUGAAGAAUGCAGUGAAUUUGAAGGCGAAGUGAGAAGAAUUUCUCCUUACUUCCAGGCAUCGACUGUUUCACAACAUUGCAAUGAUGGGUGUGAUUCUGAUAGUAUUUGUUCUCAAAGUGGAAGAAAUGGUAGGAAAAGAUGCAGCAAAGUUCAAGCUAAACCAUACUUGGAGGCAUCAACUAUUUCACAACGUGAUUCUGAUGGUGUUUCUUCUCAAAGUGGAAGUAAAUCUAGGAAAGGAUGUAGCAAAGUUCAAGCUAAAAUCCGAAGAGUUUCUCCAUACUUCAAGGCAUCAACUGGUUCACAAUGUGAUUCUGGUGAUGUUUGUUCUCAAAGUGGAUGUAAAUCUAGGGAAGGAUGCAGGGAACUGCGAGAUAAGGUCCGAAGAGUUUCACCAUAUUUCCAGGGAUCAACUGUUUCAGAACAGUCAACCCCACCAAGAAAUUUGCGUCAGUAUUUUAAGGUUGUGAAAGUUUCGAGAUAUGUCCAUGACGUGUCUGCGGCUGGAAUCCAAGUAAAUGAAUCACAAAAGGAGAGAUCAAGAAGGGUUAGGAAAACUCCUGUUGUGAGCCCUUCACUCUCGCAAUGUCAGAAGAUCGAUGAGGCGUACCUGAGGAAAACUUCAGAUAACACAUGGGUACCUCCGCGAUCUCCAUGUAAUCUUCUUCAAGAAGAUCAUUGGCAUGAUCCAUGGCGGGUGCUGGUCAUAUGUAUGCUUCUCAACAAAACAUCUGGUGCACAGACGCGGAGAGUGAUAUCAGACUUGUUUGCACUGUGUCGCGAUGCAAAGACUGCAACAGAAGUUGAAGAAAAAGAGAUAGAGACUCUGAUAAAACCUCUUGGACUACAGAAGAAGAGAGCCAAAAUGAUACAACGGUUUUCUCAUGAGUAUCUCCAAGAGAGCUGGACUCAUGUCACUCAAUUGCAUGGCGUUGGAAAGUAUGCAGCAGAUGCGUAUGCGAUAUUUUGUAAUGGAAAUUGGGAUCGAGUGAAGCCUGAUGAUCAUAUGCUAAACUAUUACUGGGAAUUCCUCAGGAUUCGGUAUAAAUUAUGA